AUGAGCGUAACCAUUUCGGUCGCAGACGCCGUCUGGUCGAAUAUCGAAUCUACCGGCUCUGUAACUGAAGAACAGCUCUCAGUCUUGCAUCAGUUGUUUGGUAAGAAUCUUGAGAAAGCAACAAGAAUAGUCGACAAGAGAGGCGUGAAGAAAAUCUCUGGCUUACCAAGUGGAAGAUCCAUCUUUCAGGUGGUGGGAGAAUCACAAAAGAGGGAAGAGUAUCUUUGCUUCCCAGGAGAUUACUGUGGUUGCUAUUCUUUCUUCUAUGAUGUUGUUAGCAGAGGAGAGCAACAAUGUUGUAAACACCAAUUGGCUGCGAGGUUGGCUUCUUCUUUAGGUACAUACAGCGAAAUCGAGGUCUCAGAUGAGCAUCUUGCCUUAAUGCUCUCAAAGAUCUGA